GAAAGCAGUACAGAGAAAAACAGAGCGCGGAGUUCAGUAAGAGAAGAUAUUCCCGUGCUGAUACUGUAACGUUGUGCAGGCGUCUGAAGAAAAAAGUGACGAUUUUCUGUAGAUUCUACGAAAUAUAUUUGGGAAGAGAGAUAAAAACCUGAACCAAGUUAAGGCUGAUCGAAAGUAUACCUUUAUCGAGGGCAUUCCCUGCCUCUUGCUCAUUGCAGAAUGAAACAGAACUGCACCGUCCCAGCAUUUCUAAGUAAAUUAUGGACUUUGGUAGAGGAUCAUUCUACCAAUGAUCUCAUUUGCUGGAGUCGAGGUGGCUCAUGUUUCCAAGUAUCCAAUGAGAGACAGUUUUCCAAGGAUAUCCUACCUCUUUACUUCAAGCACAAUAACAUGGCCAGCUUUGUUCGGCAGCUUAAUAUGUAUGGCUUCCAUAAGGUAGUCCAUGUGGAUGUGGGUCUCCCACGCGACAAGGAGGAGAUCAUUGAGUUCCAACAUCCCUACUUCCAAUGCGGAGCACCUCAUCUACUCCAGAAGAUCAAGAGAAAGGUAUCUUUGAGCAGAGGUGAAGAAGUCAAAUUGAAGCAACAGGAUGUUUCCAAGAUCCUAAUGGAUAUCCUAAGAGUAAAAAGUAGACAAGCAGUUGCAGAUGCCAAGUUUUUGGCUAUCAAAAGAGAGAAUGAAAGUCUUUGGAGUGAAGUUGCAUCCCUGAGACAAAAACACUUGCAACAGCACAAAGUCAUUCGUAAGAUCAUUCAUUUUAUUGCAAGCAUGGCCCAGUCCAACAGCAUGGCAGGAAUCAAAAGAAAACUGCCACUGAUGAUUGAUAACUCUGGGUUGUCUCAUUCAACUUCUAAGUACAGCCGACCAAUAACAAUGGAGCCCAGUAUGGAGAGUUCUGCGGUACAUGGUAUUCCUCGAGGAGCUAAGAACACAGAGAGCUUGCAGCACAGUAGCAUCUACCCUGGGGGCAUGAUAAUUUCUGAUAUCACUCACCUUCUGGAGCAGGGAGAUGCUGGACAUGUUGGGCAUUGCAUGGAAGGGGCGGGCUCAUGGGGAGGAAAACUUGGAGGAGACAAGCAAUCUGAUUUGAUGGAGUGUCCAAAGGAAGUAGGACAAAGAGCAGCAUGGAAAGAGUUGAAACCACAAAGAACUAGAGGCAUCCAAUACCUAGAUGUUAGCUGGAAAAGUCCACUAGUAAAGACAGUACUGGAGGAGGAGAUUGAAAAUUUGGUCCCCAACACCAUCCCCUCUCCUUUUACUCCUGUCGACUUGUAUGACUAUCUGCUGGAAGAUUGUGGAGGGAUGGGCUCUGAGGAAGGCCCUAAUGAGCGGUAUGAAAUUGCUGACAAUCUGGCACAGAUUGAUGCAAAUUUGGCCCAGAUGAAUUCAUCCCUGUCUGGGUCCAAUGACCCCAGUGCUGAUCUGCUUAAAGAUCUCUUUGAUCCUACACCUGGUGCAGCAUCUUCCUGUCUUGAAACUGUGAAGGACCAUGCAGUGGAACUACAAAAGGAACAUGGCUAUUCUAUCAAACAGAGAUCUCAUGAAAGCCACACUGACGUGGCACAGUAUGCAGACCUGUCCAUGCAGGCAGACGUUGAGGAUGAAGAUGAAGAUGCCAGUGACAUCCUGCCCACACUUCUGGAGCUGGCACAAGAAGCAUCUAGCAUUGAUGUUUACACUCCACAGAUGCCCUUGGACACACUUGGCACCAAAAAUGGAUUUCCCUUAAGUUAGAAAUCAUGCAAAGUGCUGGGAGAGCUCUAGAGUUCACCAACGCCUGGUGAAUCUGAGACAGGACUAUUGUCAGGAUGCCUGAGCAGCGACAGGCCGAGAAACACUAUGCUAUUAUUUCACUUAGACAUGUUACCCUUUAGUCUGCACCUGACUGUUUUUAAAGGAUGGACCAAUUACAGAUGGUAGUUUGGAAGUAGAAGUCAAUACACUGAAUUGUGAUUCAUUGUUUAAUGACUGGAUUUUGACUUCAAGUUCUUUACAGACAUGGGCGGGAUGGUUUACUUUGGUCACACCAGUGUUAAAACCCCCUUCUGAAGUACUUGUAUGUGUGGUAGAGGGACAUUUCUGUGGAUGUGGAUUUUGUGUGUUUAAAAUGUGGAUACUGUUUUCUUAAGAUGUGGAGUCUACCUUUUCAAGUGUUCUUAUACAACUGCUGUGUAAAGUGAGUUCUAGAUAUGCUAAAGCCUCUCUUUCCAGCCAAUACUGAAGUAGCAUUUUAGCUUGUAGUCUGGUUUUGUAAUGUAAAUUUGUUUUUUGUAAGAGUAGUCAUUCUAGUCCUGGCUAAUUACAAAGGGGUAUCGUGGAUUUGGGGGUAUCCUUUUUGUAUUUUGUGUUGCCCCUCUGAGAUUCAUUCAGGACUCCGUAUUCCCAGCUGUGACAGUACCUGUCACACAGGGGCAAAACAAGAAUUCCUGUGAGAGACUAAAAGAUGAGAGUGAAGAAGGUGGAAAGAAUAUGCAUAUGUAGACAGUACUUACACUGGAUAUGCUGCCUUGCUGUUUUCUGGAAGAAGACAAAUAAGUGAAGGUUAUUUCCACAUAGACAAAAAGGUAGAAAAGAAGGCCUGAGACGCAACAUUUCAGUUGUGCGGGUUUCUUCAGGUCUGGGAGUGAAAAGGAAAAACAAAAGUAGGCGACAGACACUGAAGGGGAAGGAGGAAACAAAUCAAGGAAGAAGAGUGAAAGACCAGAUAAAGUGCGAAAUGCAGCCAUUAGAUAAGAUGAAAGGAAAGAUUAAAAGGUUAGCUGGUCUCGUCACUUAGUGCUGGGGAAAUGUAUAAUUCAAACCUGAAGAAGACUAUAAGGAUGAAAUGUUGUGCAUUUAACCUUCGUUUUUUUCAGAAAGAGUACAAUCUUUACUUUUUUUCCUUGUGUUGAUGCACAAUGACACAGCCUAAUAUUAAGUCCAUUUUUCUAAUGUUUUGGUAAAAGAAAGGGAGACAUUUUUUGUAGAAAGCAAUGAUAUCUUGCUACAGCUAAUGAACUAGGUACCCAAUCCAUUCACAUUUAAUUGCAGUGUACUAAAAAGAACAUGUGAAGAUAAAAUAGUUUAGCUACUUUAUAAGAGUGGGUUUAGACUGCAAGGAAACAGUCCACCUUUAUUUUAUAUAUCCCUGCUAUAUAAUGAGCAUCAUCCCAAGGCAAUUUACAGGUAUAGGGAUACAUUAGAGUUUUUCUGUGUAUAUCUUUACAACUGGGGUACUUGGGUGUUUUAAAUACCUUUCUAAACUGAUGUGUGCAUCAGUGGUGAGAAAUACACCACCAGUCUUUGGCUUUAAGGCCCAUUGAUCACGCUAUCUCACAUAAGUAAAUUAUAUAAAAACUAAAAAACUCAUCCAUCCAUCUUCUAACCUACUCAUCCAAUGAAGAGUUGUAGGGAGUGGGUGUCAAUCCUGACAGCAUUUGUGCAAAGUGUGAACCAACUGUGAAUUGGGCACCAUGUCACAUCAGGGCAUACUCCAACAUACACCCAGCCAAUAAAACUGAAAAUGGCGUCUGUGUGUUUAAGAUAACAAGCAGGACAAGUUUCAUCAGCAGUUUAUCCAUGUGAGUUGUAUUUAUUUGAGGCGUGUGUUGCUUAAAGGGGUCACAAAAUAGCCAGAGAUUUAAACUUUUUUUUUUUCUUGGAGUAAAUUGUUAAUGUAUUUUUUCAUGCACCAGCUUUUCCUCUCCAGUUGCCUUUGUUAGUUUUAGUAGAAUGUUGAAAUAAAAAAAUACUCCAAACUAA